AGCGCCAAAACGUCUACGUGUUAAAGCACUUUGUACAUAGGAAACAUUGCAACUCGCUGUUCUUCGUUAAAAAAAAAAAUACGGCAAGAGAGAAGAUUGUUUCGAGCUCUAAUCGAUCACUAUGAAAGCAACAGCUAUUAUCUCGGUUUUCUUGAUAACUCAGUUAAGCGGCAAUUAUCAAAUAUCAGCAGUACAUUUCAAGAUUCGGAGAACGGUACAAAACCUCGCAGAUUCCUUCGAGAUUCUUUCGUCUUUGUGCCCACAUAACAACGAUUAUGAAUGCGGGCACUUUAGCGCGGAUGCUAUGUCAGUUACUCACAACGGCUGCAAUUGUUCCUGUCUUACGAAGGAGGCCACAUUCAAGCUGAUUGAAACGCAGUGGUCAUGCCAUGAGAACAAAGAUGUUAGGUUGAAUCUACAAUUUCAACAACAAAGCAGACCCAGUGAAAAAGCUUGUACACCAAGAAUGAUAACAAUGUUCACCGACGAGUUAACAAAUUCCAGUUUGCGCGUAUUGAAUGUCGGUGACGAGAAGGAAAUUUCUUUACUUAACAACUGGGAUGGAUGCACGGUGUACAGGGAAUACACUUGGUAUUCCGAGUGUGAUGAUUCACGACUUACUUCAGCGCGGAAACUUGAUGUGAUGGAGAAUAUUUUCAAAUUGGAAAGAGGACAACAAAAUUAUAUUUUAAAGGUUAAAAAAAAUGUAUCUGGCACACACUUACUGAGGGGACUGAUUAUCAACCUGGGCAUUCAUUGCACAAAUGCAACAAAAACCCGAAGGGGCUGCUUGUUGUUUAAGAUGGAAGGAACUAUCAACUGCGACGAUGCUAAAUCUUCCAAACCGCCACUACCGAAAGUCCCUUCCACAUCAUCGGAUAUAACUACACCGACGCAGAUAACGACCACAAUUGCAAAAACAGAUGGACACACAGAAACUGCGACCGUUCAGCCAAGCACGCCAUUUGAAACCUCGCCAUCUCCUACACGACAGGAGGUCGCACUUAAUAGCACUUCUUCGAGCUCCCACCCAGAUGACACAGGACAAAGCACAGGGCACAACAGUCAACAAAAUGCUGUUUGGAUCAUCAUAAGUGUCUCAGUAUCUUGAAUGCUCCUUGUCGUUAUCAUAGCAUUCGUCGUAUGCCGACGAAGCAUAAGUUCCAAAAAGAUAAGCCACAUGGCAACUGUUGAAAGAAGGGAAUUACAGGCCCCACAAGUGAUCCAUUCGAAUACAAGCACAGAAUUUCCGGAAGAAGAACCAAACGGUUACUCUUCUCUCACUUUUAGGGAGCCUUCCAUUUAUACUUCGACAUAUCAAGUACCUGUGAACCGGAGAACCUCUUUCAACGAGAUAAACAAUCCCCUGGGGGAAACCUUUGAAGAUGAGCACAUGCACGAUCCAUUCCCCGUCCUUCAGAGACACAACUUUCAAAGCUUUAAAUCUAACUCCCAGAUUCUAGCGCCUGUGAAGAAGGAGACAGAAACCUGGAACAGAACUUUGGGACAAACCUUUCAAGAUGAACACUUGCAUGAUCCACUAAACGUCCGCCAGAGACACAACUUUCAAAGCUUUAAACUUAACCCCCAGAUUCUAGCGUCUGCGAAGAAGCAGACAGAACCUUGGAACAGAACUUUGGGACAAACCUUUCAAGAUGAAUACAUGCACGAUCCACUAAACGUCCCCCAAAGACACAACUUUCAAAGCUUUAAACAUAACCCCCAGAUUCCAGAAUCUUUGAGGAAGCAUGCUAAAAACGAGACAAUAAAGUUCCUUCAAGAGCAUGGACCGCUCAGUAUCGAACAACUUGUGUACAAUAUCGUGGAGGAAAUAUUGAUCGGAGGCCAGGAGAUGACGGACGCAGACGAGGACCAAGAUGAAAACGAUCCGGUAUACCAAGUUAUAGAGGAGUAUUAUGGUGAGCCGCCACAGGACACCACUCAACAUGAUAAUGCAAUGAAUGCGAACCGGGAUCCAGUUUACCAAACUUUGGAGGAGGGUGAUAGUUCUACGGAAAGCCAAAAGAAUCCCGACAUUUCUGAUUGCGGCUAAUGUGAUUGAAACGUCAAAGUUGAAAAAAAAAAGAUACCUUUUCGAGAUCUCGAGAAUGAGUUACAUUGAAGAUUUUUAAGCACAAAAGACGCCCUAUAAAAAUAUGAACAGCGAUAUAUAGCUUUAUAGAAUUUAUUUUGCUUUUUAGAGAAUUGAUAAGUUGACUAAUAGCUCAAGCGGUGUAACUAACUUAAUAAAAUUAUUUUCAUGUUU